CCCAUUCCAACAGAGUGUACUUUUCAAAUGGACAGAGGAAAUAACUCUGCAGUGACAGAUUUCAUCCUUGAAGGACUAACACACAGGCCAGAACUCCAGAUUCCCCUUUUACUACUAUUUUUGAGCAUCUAUGUGGUGACCGUUGUGGGGAACUUGGGCAUGAUAACAUUAAUUGGAGUCACUUCUCACCUCCACACUCCCAUGUAUUAUUUACUCAGUAGUUUGUCUUUCAUUGAUUUCUGUCAUUCUACUGUAAUUACUCCCAAAAUGUUGGUAAAUUUUGUGUCAGAGAAAAACACUAUCUCCUACAAUGAGUGUAUGACUCAGCUCUAUUUCUUUAUCAUUUUUAUAAUUGCUGAGUGUCAUAUGUUAGCAGCUAUGGCAUAUGAUCGUUAUGUUGCCAUAUGUAGGCCCCUGCUAUAUAAUGUCAUUAUGUCCCAUCAGGUGUGCAUUUGGCUGGCAGGUGGUGUAUUCUUUUUGAGCUUCGUUGGUGCUACAAUUCACACAGGAUGUAUGCUUAGACUGUUCUUCUGUAAGGACAAUGUCAUCAACCAUUACUUCUGUGAUCUCAAUGCCCUCCUGAAGCUUUCUUGCUCGAAUACCUAUAUUAAUGAAAUGUUGGUUGUUUGCUUCAGUGCAUUUAACAUCCUCACCCCAACUCUGACCAUUCUUAGCUCUUACAUCUUCAUUAUUGCUAGCAUUCUCCACAUUCGUUCCACCGAAGGGAGAUCCAAGGCUUUCAGUACCUGCAGCUCUCACAUGGCAGCUGUUUCUAUCUUCUUUGGCUCAGCUGCCUUCAUGUAUCUGCAGCCUUCUUCAGUCACCUCAAUGGAACAAGGGAAAAUGUCGUCUGUGUUUUACACAAUCCUUGUCCCCAUGUUGAAUCCCCUGAUCUACAGCCUGAGGAACAAGGAUGUGAAAGUUGCCAUGAAGAAAUUAAUGGAGAGGAGAAUGUUCUGGUGA